AACGUGCAUCCAUGUUCCUUCCACCCUAGAUGCAAAUAUUUUUCUAUUUUCCUGCAUUAAUUGUUCGCCGGAUGUGGUGGCGGCAUCCCGGCUGUGCAACGUGCGUACAUCAAUGAUCGGCAUUUUAUUUUUUCUACGGUCUGGACGAGCUACCAGGCUAGGUUGUGCUCAUAAGCUAGCUUAAGCGCCACCGUUCUGAUCUGCACGCACCACUGCUCAGUCCACACAGAUACACACAACAUACUUGCCCCUUGCGCCUGGAGGGAGAUCCAUCCAUGGACAUCGUCACGGGGCCACUGCCGAGCGUCAUCACCAAGCUCAGCGAUCUGAUUGCUGGCGAGUACAAUCUGCAGAAGGGGCUGAAGGGUGAGAUCAAGUUCCUCAAAGAAGAGCUUGAGAGCAUGCAGGUCGCCGUCCAGAAGGUCUCCAACACACUGCCUGACCAGAUUGACCAACAGGACAGGAUCUGGGCAAGGGAUUUGAGGGAGUUGUCCUACGACAUAGAGGACAAGGUUGACGAAUUCAUGGUGCGCGUCAAGGGCAAUGAUCCGGCUGAGAUGAAUGGCGUCAAAGGGUUCAUUGGUAGAAGUUUCAAGUUAUUCAGCAAGUUCAGGAUUCGUCAUGGGCUUGCUACAGAAAUCAAAGAUAUCAAGAGGCGUGCCCAAGAGGUGUCCAGGCGCCAUAAAGACUACAAGAUCACCAAUCAUAACUCUGAGCCUGUCAAAAUGGAUCCUCGUUUAUUUGCUCAGUACAAGAAUGUGAGGGAGCUGAUUGGCAUUGACGAGGCAAGAGAAGAGGUAAUCAAGAUUCUGAAGGAAGGCAGUGAAGUGUCCAAGCAGCAAGACAAGAUUGUUUCCAUUGUUGGUUUUGGAGGCCUUGGAAAGACAACUCUUGCUAAUAUUGUGUAGAGCUCAAAACACAAUUUGAGUGCUCGGCUUUUGUUUCGGUGUCUCAAACUCCUGACAUGUUAAUGUUACCAAAGGAUAUUCUGUGUCAAGUUAAAAAGGGAAGUGACUCAAGCACCAACAUCGUCAAAGAGCUUACAGAGUUCCUUCAGAAGAAGAGGUACUUGAUUGUUCUUGAUGACAUAUGGGACUUGUCAAUCUGGAAACAGAUCAAAUCUGUGUUGCCUGCUAACAAUGUUGGAAACAGAAUUACGACCACACGUAGUGUAAAUGUUGCUGAAGGAGCUGGUGGUGCUUACAAACUAAAACCCCUUUCCUUGAAUAACUCCAGAAAAUUACUCUAUGGGAGAGUGUUUGGCAAUGAAAGAAAUGAAGACACAACAAAAUCCCCAGACAUGGAACUGGCCGAAGUAUCCCAUAAAAUACUAAGAAAUGUGCUGGUGUUCCCUUGGCUAUUGUUACAAUGGCUAGUCUACUUGCUCUUAAAGGAAGAGAUAAACUGGAGUGGUAUAAGGUGUGCGACUCAGUCGGUACUGGUUUAGAAAACAACCUGGAUGUGGACAAUAUGAGAAAAAUCUUGUCAUUUAGCUAUUAUGAUAUGCCAUCCCAUCUAAGGAAUUGCCUAUUGUAUUUAAGUAUGUUCCCGAAAGAUAGCAGCAUUGACAAAAGCCAUUUGAUACUACUGUGGAUAGCUGAAGGUUUUAUCCAAGGCACAAAGCCAGGACAGAGCCUAUUUGAACUCGGAGAGAGUUACCUCAACGAGCUCAUAAACAGAAGUUUGGUCCAACCUAAGUACAAUGCCUAUGAUUAUAUGAGCUGUCGUGUGCACGAUAUGGUGCUUGAUCUUCUCUGUUCCUUAUCACGUGAAGAAAACUUUGCUACAACAUUGAAUGAUGCGGUUGACUUGUCUCCGUCAAUGAAGGUUCGAAGGUUAUCACUUCAAAAUAGCACGGCGACAGAUGCUGCUGCACUUCAGGUGGCCAAUAUGAGCAUGGAACAAGUGAGGUCAGUUGUCUGUCAAUCUGCUUUUAAGCUAUUACCGGCACUUUCCAGUUUCAGAGUAUUACGUGUACUUGAUUUAGAAGAGUGUAAUAUUUCAGAAGAUAGCAGCUUGGAGAAACUUGGAAAUUUGGUUCACUUGAGGUAUCUUGGGCUAGGAGAAAUAUGGCCGCGAUUGCUUCCUGAAGAAAUAAGUAACCUGCGAUUUCUUCAAACAUUAGUGGUCGAUUAUACAGGCAACCUGCCGUCAAGAAUUGGUCAACUAAAGGACUUGAUAUGCAUACGCGUUAACGGCAAGCCAGAUGUACCAAAAGGGAUUGGGAACCUAACGUCCCUUGAAGAGCUGUCUAGCAUAGACAUCGACUCCAUAGAGAUUCUACAAGAGAUGGGAAAUCUGAUGGAACUCAGGGUCCUGGACAUUGGCAACACGGAUGUUCUCGUCCACAGAUCUUUUGCUGAGUGGCUAUGCAAGCUGCGAAAACUCGAGAGGCUAAGGAUAACAGAAGCAGAGUUUGAAGAUGAUGAAUUGAUCUUGGAUGACUGGGACGUCGCCCCAAAACAUAUCCGUGCACUAGAACUGGGGAAUGCCGGGUUCUCUAGAUUGCCAGAUUGGAUGAAGCCCUUGUUUCUUCCGCACCUAUGCUCCCUAGAGGCAUACGUGGAGGAGUUACAUCAGGAAGAUUUCAAGAUCCUUGGUGACCUGCCAGCUCUCCGUUCUCUAGAUCUGCGGCUGGGCCAUGAGUGGGCCGGGCUCCCCAGGAGAUUCACCGCUGCUGCUGGUUCCUUCCCAUGCCUAUCGUACUUGAGGAUGAAGGGAUACGUACAACCUUUCGAGUUUCAGCAAGGAGCCAUGCCGAAGCUCGAGACACUUGACUCCACUUUCCUUUGGUGGGAGAUGACGCAAAUCGCCCGCAACAGUGGUGGUUACGACUUGGGUCUGAGGAACCUGUCAUCGCUCAAGCUUGUCACUGGCUACGUGGCCCAGAGGAACCGGUGAGGACCGGAAGAAGGCAGCAGAGGCAGUGCUGAGGCAUGAAGUUGAAACACAUCGCAAUCAACCCACCGUUCGGAUCUAUUAGAUUGAGCAAGGACACUGUUAUCAGUUAUUCAGUUUUUUUUCUUCUUCUCCUAUCCCUUUUUUCCUCUUGUGAUACUAAUGGUGGAAGAAUUAAUUUUGAGCAUUGCAUCCAACAAUAUUCAUCGUCAUCAUUGUUCCA